GGCGGAGCGGUGCGGGGGGGUCUGAACGUCCGCAGCCCUGGAGCCGCUUGGCCCGGUGAGACUCGCCAGCUGCCCGGUUCCGGCGGCUGCCAGGCUGGCCUCUCGGAGAGGGAAGGAGAGUUUAACAAUGCCCGGGGUCAUCUCCCCUUCCUCCUGGGCAUGGGACCGCCCAACCAGCGCGUCUGCGCAGAAACAGCUCCCGGAAGUUCUGCUACCUUUCUUGCGGAGAUGGGAGUUCUUGGCUCCCGAGACAACCAUUAUUUAUUUUUAACUGCUAAGCUUAUUUUUGUAAAGGUUUCAGACUAAAGCAGUUUCAUAAGCUUGAGCCCCUGGGGUUGAGCCUGAAGGACUAACGGCUUCUUGUAGAUUAUGCUGAGUGGAUCUCAUCCGAGUGUCUUGUCUGUUCAGUCAGCUACAAGCUUCUGGGUGCAAAAUACCUGAGAGUACAUCUGAGGGGAGAGAAGUAUGCAGUGGUGGUAGUUCUUUGUGGUAAGAGUUUUGAGAUCGGCUGAUUUCUCAGGAGCUAUGAUCAACACUCCUGAUGUUUGUAGAGUUGAAAAUGUUUUCAUAGGAUGGAGUUAGAGCACCUGAAGAGGCUGCGUCAGGCCAACCAGGACCUUCUACAAAGCCUCAGAACAAAGCAGGAGGAGAUCAGAAAAAGACUUCCCAGCAAACCUCUCAUUCCAGCGUCUCUCCAUUAUAGAGCAGCUACUUACAGAUCUGUCCCCUUGCCCAAGAGAGGGGUCGAUGUUGUGAAGUCUACAGCUGACCCUGCAAUGUUGGUGUCUGUGGAACCUGGAGCUUAUGCAGCCAGAGCAGCCCUCUCUUCAUCUGUUAAACACAGGAGCGAUGACAGAGGGGUGCAGCAACAAAAAGUGAAGACACAGGAAGCAGUAGGUUUGGAUUCCAGCUUUCCUGGGAAAGAGAAGAACGUUGUGCCAGUGUCUGCAAUCAUUACAUGUGGCAGGGAAACCUCUGGAGUGGAUAAGGAUGGCCAUGCUCAAGGAAGUCUGGAGAAAGAACCUUUCCUUCUGGGACAUGGAGAGAACAGAAAACAGCCCACUGUGCUACAUGGUUUGCAUGAGAAAAAACGGCUUGAGGGGCAUCUGGACCCAUCACUGAGCAGGAUACAAAGUGAAGAGACCAGCAGGGAGCGCGUGGUCACUAGAGAGCCCAUCAACCGUAAAUCAGACUUGCUGACGUCUCAGUCCAAAGAGUUGAAGGAAGCUGAUCCUGUGACUUUCCAGUCUGACUCUGAAGAGUAUCCCAUACCUAUGAGCACCUCGUCUGUGUGUCCUUUCUUGGGCUAUGACUGGAUUGCAGGGCUCCUAGAUACAAACUCUUUGGUAGCAGAAAAAUCUGAUCAAUACUUUGCUGAGCUUCAUGAGUUCCGACAGGCCAACAAAGAAGCAUGUAUUCAUGAGCAGCACCUGGAGCCCAGUGAUCUGGAUAACAUAGUUCCUGAACAAGAACCAGCUUGGAUACCUGGUUCCCAUAAGUGUGUUUAUUGUUACCGAUUAAACCGCCGCCUCUUCACUGUCCCUACGGACUCGGCAUCAGCUUGCCCUGUGUGUAAGAUCCCACGUACUCACCAGCCCUUGGAAACACUGGAAGAGCCAGUCUAUGUCAGGGUCAGCAUUCCCAGGUCUACGCUUAAGCCUGCCUACAAAUACAGAGCCCAUCGCAGGAGGAGCUUUGAACCAGCAGACAAUCUGGCAUUGCCUUUGCAUUGCCUGGCUGGCUGGGAAUACACCAUCACUUCCAGCAGCCCCAUGCUCAGCAGUCUGGAUCUGCGAUCUUCACUGGAAAAGAAGCCGUCUCACCAUCCUUGCCUGAACUCAGGUAUCCAGAGUGUCAGGAGGAGCCAGGACUGACCAUCUUCUGAAGCUGACCCACUAGACACACUUGAGACUUAGCAGUGCUUCUCAGCAGAGGGAGCAGAACAAAGCUGGACAUUUCAGAGAAACUGAAAUCCAGUUGCCUCAGCUCUGUCAACCACUGACUUCAUUACCCUGGGGAAGGGAUGGGUACAGGAUAUGGAAGCAACUCUGGAUAAAAAUAAAUCUUUGAAUAGAUUUUUCCUACUUUUCAUAGUCAUGCACUUAUGUGAGCAACCAAUACACAUAUAUGAAAGUUUGUACAUUCAGUUAUGAUUUUUCACUUUUUUUUUUUGCCUUUUGCAGCUACUUCUAAGCAGAUCCAUGAGCUUUCCCACCUAGGGCUGGAUAAAGUGAUGUGUGCAGGAUGACUAACUAGUACUGUUACCACUAGGACAGCCAUAGCAGCAGAGUUCAUCUGCCACCUCAACUAAAUAAAUGAGAAGUGUCACGUUAACUCUGAAUGCCAGGGUAAGGAAUUGGCCUGUGACUGGCCUGGUUCAGUGGAAUACAUACAGAUGUGUUCAUUUCCAGAUGUUUGAAACAUGACACAUAAUUUGCUAGUGCCUUAAACUUGAGUUACUUAAUAAUUUAGUUAAAAAAAAUCCAGUUUAUUUUCAGUGCAAUGUCUGUAGCUACAGGGUGCAUUAUGUCAGAGUAAUAACGAAUAUGAAAAAGGACGUUAAAAUGAGAUUUUAUUAAUCAGAAAGCUGUAGUACUUUAAAAUGUUUGCAAAUUAUGCUUGUCUCUGCUUUCUCAAGUUUUUUGGAGAUAAACCAAAAAAACAUGUUGGAAUUUUUAAAUUGUACCAAAACCAAGUAUAUUUGGCUUAUUAAUAAUAUUGUAUUAAUGCUAUAGACUUCUCCUACUUAUUUAAAGCAAUAAAAAUUGUUUUAUUUUGCCUUGAAUAAGUCUGAAACAGGAAUCCUGACUUAAAUUUAUUUCUGGGAGCUAACCUGAUAGAAGGAAUUUGGUUUACACCAGUGAUAUUUUCAGGCAUUCACAAAUAUUUAUAUAUCAAAUACAUUAUUUAUUAAAUCAAAUGUAUUAAUAUAUUUCUUUUUAAGCCAGAAAAGGAAUAUU